AUGGUUCUCGAUGGCAGAGCUUUGCAACAUACAGGGAAUGUCUCAUUCUACCGCUAUGACCCCUCGUUAGCGGUCGCCAUCGUGGCGGCUGUUCUAUAUGGCAUCGCAUUCAUCUUGACCUGCGUGCAAUGGAUCAGGUAUAAAUCCUGGGUCUGGGUUGUCAUGGUCGUUGCUGCAGCAAUGGAGGCAGUCGGCUACAUUGGCCGCUGUAUCUCGACCCAGAACGUUACAGACAAACCGGUCUACGUCCUUCAAUUCGCUCUCAUCAUUCUCGCACCAGUUCUCAUGGCCGCCUGCUGUUAUGUCCUAUUCAGUCGCAUCCUCUUUUUGAUUGUUCCCCGCCAGGAACGAACCUUUCGCUUGUGCUGGGUGCCUCCUAGGUUCAUCACCCCACUCUUCGUGGGCUUUGAUGUUGUUGCUCUCUUUCUCCAGCUGGUCGGCGCGGUCAUGAUUUCCUCGGUCGAUGCCACUGAGAAGGAUGCAGCCAGCAAGCUUAAUCGGGGGAAACAUAUCGCCCAGGCUGGUGUUAUCGUACAACUGCUUGCUUUUGGUCUCUUCUCGGUCGCCGCUGUCCGGUUCAAUUUCACCUCGAAAAAAUUCACGAAGAGUAUUCAUGAGAGAUAUGAAAUGUUCGGAGAAGACGACUAUAUCGUUGAUGGCAUUACGAAGAAGAAACACUGGCCAGCAUUAUUGCGUGUUGUGAAUUUCACUACUUUAUUGAUAUUGGUCCGUUCCAUUUACCGCCUAGUGGAGUUUACUCAGGGUGUGACGGGAUAUCUCAAUACACAUGAGUGGACCUUGUACAUCUUUGAUGCUUUGGUUAUCUAUCCUUGCGUUGCACUCUUCGUCUACUGGCAUCCAGGCAAGUAUCUGCCAUACUUGGGCUUCCGUUUGCCUAAGCACGCUCGUUAA